UACGAGCUGUCCAGGAAAAAAGUUGCUCACUAGCAGAGCUGAAAUUCUCACCGUCACGGAAUAAGCAAGCACUGCUAGUAUUGCAGGCACGGCAGAAUCUGCUACUUUCUUUCUCCCCUUCCUCCGCUCACCAUCAUUAACCACUGCGAUUUAGGGUUUCCGUUGCACCAACAACCAGCAAUGCCAUCCGCAACUUUCCUUCGCCGCAUUCACUAAAACCACGCCCUCUCUCUCCCUCUCCUUCUCUUUCUUCAAAGUUUAUUUUAUUUCGGAUCAAAACGAUGUCGUCUGGCAGGAGCCGUGGCCAACAACAACACCUUCCAAUGAAAGGCGCUUCACAUCAUCCGCCGCCGCACACAGCCUUGUCACCGCCAAUCCAUGACCCACUCUUUGGGGCCCGGGGCUUAGGCCCGGUACCCCCGCCCCACCCGGCUCUCCUCGAAGAGUUGCGGGAAUCGCAGAUGGGCCUGGGCGUCCGGCCCAUUCCACUCCACCCGGCUGCAAUAAUCGAGGAGCGUCUGGCUGCACAGCACCAGGAUAUUCAGGGUCUGCUGGGUGACAACCAGCGGCUGGCCGCCACUCACGUUGCCCUCAAGCAGGAGCUGGAGGCCGCGCAGCACGAGCUGCAACGGAUGGCGCACUACAGGGAAUCUCUGCGGGCCGACACUGAUGCGAGGAUGAGGGAAUUGUACGACAAGUCGGUUCAUCUGGAGGCCGAGCUUCGCGGCGCGGAGGCCAUGAGGGUGGAGCUUCUUCAGGUUCAUACUGAUAUUAAGGAGCUUACCGCUGUGAGGCAGGAACUCACUGGGCAGGUUCAGGCCAUGACACAGGACCUGGCCAGGAUGAAUGCGGACUUGAAGCGAAUGCCAGCUCUGAAGGCCGAUGUGGAGGCUAUGAAACAGGAAUUGCAAUGUGCAAGGGCUGCUAUUGAAUAUGAGAAGAAAGGGUUUGCAGAAAACUAUGAACAUGGUCAAGUGAUGGAGAAGAAAUUAAUCUCGAUGGCUCGUGAGAUGGAGAAGCUUCGUGCUGAGAUUGCAAAUGCAGAGAAAAGGCAACGUGCAGCUACUAAUCCAGGUCCAGGCUAUAAUGCAAAUUAUGGCAAUGCUGAGGCUGGAUAUGCUGGAAAUCCCUACCCUGCCAUUUAUGGCAUGAAUCCUGUACAACCUGGUAUGGAGAAUUUUCCUCAGUAUGGGUCUGGACCUGCUGCUUGGGUUGCAUAUGAGAUGCAGCGUGCACAAGGACACAGAUAGAUUCUUCUAUCCCAUUGAGCAAUCUUAUAUCUGGUAUCUCGGGCUACAACUUUCUAGAUGAUUUUGUUCAGGGUCUUAGUAAACACUAAACUGUCUGUUAAAUACUUAAAUGUAUACUAAAGUCGUAGUUCUGUUAAAAUGCUCAUAUUAGGUUGAUGAUGAAUGAUGGUUGUGUCAAUUAAUGGAUACUUUGCUAUUAUAGUUUCUUCUUGAAA